CUAAACUAAUUUUUCAAAUGAAACUGUGUACAGUGUAAAGUUAAGCAAUAAAAUAAUAAUAAAAAAAAACACCAAUAAAUCAGAGUUAAUUCGGAUAAAACAAACUUGUGUUUCGGACUUUAUAUUAAAGGAUCUGGUCUAUUCAAUAUGAUGGACAUUAGCAGCAUGUACGGCAAUCACCACCCACACCAUCAAACCAGCUAUCAUGCCAAUAACACUGGCACAGCCGCCGAUAUGGCUGCCGUGGUCUCCUCCAGCGGCUAUCCGAAUGCGUAUUUUCCAACAGCGGCCAGUGUGGCAAUACCACCACCUCAUCACCAAGCUCAUCAUCAUCACCAACAUCCUUUGACCUAUGCCAGCUAUGUGACGGACGGUUCUUCAUCUAACUAUUAUCCUCAACAACAACAGCAAUUAACACCACCUCCGCCGUCGUUGCAGCAAACACAAGCCGGUCUAAAUCAAAAUGCUUCAGCUGUUUCGCAACAACAACAAUCGCUACAACAACACCCACAAACACAACAACAACAUCAGCAACAACAACAAUCAAUGUAUUCACAUGCCCACCUGUUCAGCCCAAGUGCUGCCGAAUAUGGUAUCACUACAUCAUCUGGUUCCGGUGCGGGCACUGCCGCUGGUACCCCACUACAUCCGUCAAGCCACUCGCCGACAGAUUCGUAUUAUGAAAGCGAUUCGGUACAUUCUUACUAUGCGACGGCUGCUGUAGCAUCUAUACCUCCUACCACCAACUCCCCAGUGUCUGCAGCUAAUGCGGCUCAAAAUAAUCCAGCUGCACCGAUUGAUGCGCCGAUCAUAAGUUCGGAGAAUGGCUUAAGUUAUACAAAUUUGGAUUGUUUGUACAACCAGAAUGCUUCAACGCACCCACAACAACAACAUAUGCAACAUAGUUAUGCUUCAUUGCCACCAAAUAAUGUUAGUAAUGGUGCUAAUAUGGAGGAAAAGUACGCCGCAGUAUUGCAUUCCACAUACGGAGCAGCGGGCAUAGCCUUCGAUGAUCCCCUUCUGCAAAUGUCAGCAAGUCAACAGCAAUCAUCAACUCCUCAAAUGUGGCAUCAUCAGCAUAUGAGCGGUGGUUAUGCUCUAGAUGGUGGCAUUCCUAACGAACCCUUGGGUAUGAAUGCCUUAAAUAUGGCACACAUGCAAACGCCACCGCAACCCCAACAUCCACAGCAACUUGUUCCACAUCACCAACCUCAAUUGCAGCAACAUGGCUCACCGAAUGGAUCAUGUAUGGCGCCUCGUAGUCAGCAAGUUGUUUCGCCAGACUGCACGGGUUUGCCGUCAUCACCGGGAUCUUCAUCCAGUCAAACUGGCUCACACAACAAAUCGCCGAAUCAAGCUAGCAAUUUACCAACGUACAAAUGGAUGCAACUAAAACGAAAUGUACCCAAACCACAAGCACCAAAACUACCUGCCACUCUGCACGAUUAUCAACUGAACGGGCGUCAGCUAGAGAUUUGCCGUAGCGGCAGUUUACCCGUCGGCCAGCAGACACAGGCGAGCCUUCUCUUAGCGGGUGGCAAUGGCAACACGUCGGGUCUGGGUAUUUGUCCGCCCAAUAUGGGUAGUUGUAGCAUGAGUGCGACCAACAAUUCGGGACGUACAAAUUUCACCAACAAACAGUUGACAGAAUUGGAGAAGGAGUUCCAUUUCAAUCGCUAUUUGACGCGUGCUCGACGCAUCGAAAUUGCCAAUACGCUGCAACUUAACGAGACACAGGUGAAAAUCUGGUUUCAAAAUCGUCGUAUGAAACAAAAGAAACGAGUCAAAGAAGGUUUAAUACCCGCAGAUAUUUUGACGCAACAAACCCUCUCAGCCGCUGCAUCAACAACAACAGCAAAUAGUAGCGCCCAAGCGACAGGUUCAGCGAAUCCGGCUAACAGCAGCAGUGAACAUAAUCACAUUGGCCCAACUUCCAGCGGAAGUGGACACAGUGCAACUAGCUUAGGCACAUUGGCCGUCAAUAGUCGCGAUGCUGCCUCACUUAGCAUCAACAAAGGCAAUGGCAAUAAGAGCGGCAACAACACUAAUCUGAAUAGUGGAGAUUGCAAUCUGACAGUUAAUAGUGAUAAUAGCCGUGAAUCAAAUUAAUGCCUUGACUAAGGUAGUCCUAGUGAUACUUUCAUUCUGAGCGGCUUGGAACACAUGCAGAGCUUACAUAUUACUGUAGUUUGCAGCAUGUGGUAAUGUGGUUAGUUUAAUUUGCCAAAUGACUAAUUUCUAGGUACACUCACAACCACAUUGGAGGUAAAACAAAAUAAAUAAAAUAAACAUGCGACUAGACGCAUUUGCUCAUUUGGCUGUGAUAACAGUUAAAGUACAUAACAAUAUUAAUUAUUCAAAACAAUUGUUUGUGUAAAUUUGGAGUUUGCUUAUCAGUUUAGGUUUACACAGCCAUGCGAUAAUCAAAAAUAGAUUUAUGUUUAUGUAUCAAGGCCAUCAUUACUUUUCAGGUCUUUAAGUGCGUUUUAAACCAAAGCUCACUUAUGAUUUGAGACGCUUUUAGCAUGCUCGUGUAGAACUAUGAAUUUGUAGAGCCUGCAAACUCAGCUGAAAAGUAUUUUAGCAUAUUACGGUAUCGUUAUUGAGCAGGAAGUCAUGAAAUUGUGCCAUAAUAAUAAUGUAAAGAAGAUAAUGUUUGAUUGAAACAUACAAACUAUUUUGACGUUGAGGUCUGAAUAUUUAAAUUGUCAAAAAACAGGUAAGGAAGAGCAAAAAUUCAUAUUCCCUCUUUUAAUUAAACUCGCUUUUAAAGCCAAACUGAUGGACGAGUUGAAGAUCCGACAAACUGGGUUGCCGGAUGUAUUCCCUAAAUUUUCACUGUUUAGCGCGCAAAAUAGCUAAAACCCCUCAGUGGUGUUACAGCAUCAAAAUUGAACAUGAAUUGCUUAACGGGUUACACAUUCGGAAUUUUGAUUUGCAUAUCGGUUUCGUUUUCGAAACUGAAUUUGUUAGAUUUAGCAUUUUACAUAAACUGAUUUAUCGAUUUAAAAUCGAGCAAUUAAUCGUUGAAAGAAUUGUCUGCUAACUUCUUUGCAAACGGAAAUUUAAUAAAAAUGGCGUCACGAGCUCUCCGUUUUUCAUUGUUGUUUAUCCGCUGUUCAAAAAGCUUUAGCACUUCUGUUAAAACCAUCGAAACUUUAGGUCGUUCCAAGCAGAUAUUUGAGUCAUUACCCACAGACUGUUAAUAGCAGCCUUCCGCAAAAACCCGCAGUGUCGCUGAAAGUUGAAGCACAAGUGGGAAAUACGGCCUAUAUAACUCAUCUUCAAUGACAUCCAGCGCUUUUACAAAGGCUUCUUUCUUAAGACGAUAUCGGUCUAUGACUCAACAUACAAAAAAAAUUGUGCAUCAGCAAAAUGUAAAAGUAUAAUAGAAAUUGCACUUACAUCGACCCCGGUAGCUCCAGCGUAUUGCUUACAUUCCUUAAAAUUUUCCGAUUUAUUUUCUCUUUGAUUUCUCCGAAUCCUUCUACCAUCACAAAUGCUAUCUGAGCUAAAGUCGUUAUAUUUUUAAUUAAAAAUCACGAAUGUGUUAAAGCCAGUAAAAAUAAUAAAUUAAAUUGCUGGGUGUGUUUUAUUCACGAGUUUUUCUUCCAGCUGCGUUUCGGAAAUCUUAUCUUCGAAAAAAGCGGACUCAAGACGGUUUCAUAAAACCAUUUCAAAAAGAUAUUGAUUUUCUAUACCGAUAUAUAAGCAAUUCAGUGUCGGUUUCUAUAACACCCCUGAAUAAUUAUUUUAUUUUGUUGGUGCACAUGAUUGUGGAAAAAUACACAUUUUUAGUAGAUUUUAUUCUUUAAAUGCGUUAAAUCAUAUGCGAUAUCGGAAACAAGAAAUUGUGAAAAUAUAUGUAACAAAUUUAACUGCCAAAUGAUUUGUGAAAGAAAUAAUUGAAGCCAAUAGUAUGAGGAAUUUCCAUUUAAAAAUGGAUGCUACUUUCUUAUUUAUACUCAGAAUGCCAUUGUUGUCAAACAAAUCUUACUUUAUUUGUGUUAGUGAAAGGCUAAACUAUCGCGAAAUUCCUUCGUUACAAAACAAAAUGAAAUUGGUAAUGUUGAAACAGCACAAACUCAGUGUUAACGUUAAUUUUAAAAUCGCUGCUUGCUAUGAUUUAACAGCA